CUGGACGCCCAGCUCGGAAAGAUGGCGGCGGCAGCGGCGGCCACGGCGGCGACGACCGAGCAGAGUUCCAAUGGGCCGGUGAAGAAGUCCAUGCGGGAGAAGGCCGUUGAGCGCAGGAACGUCAACAAAGAGCACAACAGCAACUUCAAGGCCGGAUACGUACCCGUCGACGAGGACCGUCUCCACAAGACCGGCCUGCGGGGAAGGAAGGGCAACCUGGCCAUCUGCGUGAUCGUCCUGCUCUUCCUCCUGGCCGUCGUCAACCUGAUCAUCACCCUGGUUAUCUGGGCGGUGAUCCGGAUCGGGCCCAACGGCUGUGACAGCAUGGAGUUCCACGAGAGCGGCCUGCUGCGCUUCAAGCAGGUGUCCGACAUGGGAGUGAUCCACCCCCUGCACAAGAGCACGGUCGGGGGCCGGCGCAACGAGAAUCUGGUCAUCACCGGGAACAACCAGCCCAUUGUCUUUCAGCAAGGGACGACCAAGCUGAGCGUGGAGAAGGACAGGACCUCCAUCACCAGCGACAUCGGCAUGCAGUUUCUAGACCCGCGGACGCAGAACACCCUGUUCAGCACCGACUACGAAACCCACGAGUUCCAUUUGCCCAGUGGUGUGAAGAGUCUGAAUGUGCAGAAGGCCUCCACGGAAAGGAUCACCAGCAAUGCGACCAGUGACUUAAACAUAAAGGUGGACGGGCGAGCCAUCGUCCGCGGGAACGAAGGAGUGUUCAUCAUGGGCAAAACCAUCGAGUUCCACAUGGGCGGAAACAUGGAGCUGAAAGCCGAACACAGCAUCAUCCUCAACGGGACGGUCAUGGUCAGCCCCACCCGCCUGCCCAGCGCGGCCCCGGGCCAGCAGCCCAGCGACGGCCACUGGCUGCGCUACAAGCUCUGCGUGUGCGCCGACGGGACUCUGUUCCGCGUGCAGGUGACGGGCCCCAACAUGGGCUGCCAGGUCUCCGACCCGCCGUGCGGCGACAACUCACGCUAAGGGGCGGCGAGCGGAGGGAGGACCCAAGUGUGUGCUCUGUGUGUGUAUGUUUGUGUGUGAGAGUGCCUGCAUGCAAGCCGCUGCUGCCCAGGCGUGCCCACGAGCUAGCACGUUUGCCGGUGCCAGCCGGCCGGCCACGCACUAGCCGGUCCGCUGCCCGUCACCCAGAUCGUGUGUCUGUGGGAUGAGAGGCCGGAGCGGCCAUCCCUCCCCAGGCUCCCUGCUUUAGGGGUGCCCAGGUUCCUCUGGACCGAAGUGAUGCAUCCAGGGUCAGCCCCGAUAAUAAUGGCAAUAAUAAUUGUGGAGUUUAAGUGCUUACGAUGUGCCAAGCCCUGCGCUGCGCUGGGAGCGGUACUAGUUAAUCAGGUUGAACACAGUUCCCGUCCCACCUGGGACCCACAAUCUACGUAGUAGGGAGAACUGAUACUGGCCCGUUUUACAGAUGAGGGAACCGAGGCCCAGAGAAGUCAAGUGACUUGUCCAAGGUCGCAGAGCAGGUAAGUGGUAGGGCGCGGGUUAGAAUCCAGUCCUCCGGCUCCCAGGUCUGGGCUCUCUCCCCUCCAAUUAACCCAGCUCCUGAUGGCAGCCCCACUGGGCCCAGGCCAAACCCAGGUGCAAGAAGUGCUGGAGUCUCUGUUUCUCCAGCGAGCGGAGCAGAAUGGUGCGUGACCCCAGGGCCGGACAGGACCGAUUCCCGGGUCAGACGAGGUCCGAGUCCCGCAGGGACUGUCUGCGGGGACAGUGGCAGCUCUGAGCAGAGCAAGGCCGUGCCAUCGCAAGCAUUUAGGGGUCCUGAAUGCCACCGGGGCAAAGGUGCCUUCCGGCCUUGUUUUCCCAAGCUGGCAGCAACAUGGGCAAACCAGAGUGCUAGGAAGCCUAGUGAGAAAGCAUCUGGCCUUCUGCAGGGGUUGCUGCGGACGUGAACUUGGAAAACAAGGAGGGAAGAGACUAGGUUUGCUCCCCCGGCUGUUUUUGGUGGGGGGGGGUGAGGUGGGCCCUCCGGCUUCCCCCCGACCCACCCCGGCCCACCGGGCGAGCCAGCACCUCAAACACCCCCGGGGGUGGAGCUGCUACCACUGCUUUGGUCAUUUAAUUCAGAAGAGGCAGUGAAGCCCUCCGAUUCCCUGUUAGCUUCCAGAGGAGAAUUGUCCUCAGUACUGAUUCGGCACGUACAUUGUGCUAAAAACAGAGAGACGCACAAGAUAAUCGAGUCUGGCAAAGUUCCCGUCCCACCGGGAGAGCCGGGAUCUUAUGCCCGUUUUACGGAUGGGAAAACUCAGCCCCAGAAAGGUCAAGGUUAGCCGUCAAUGCAGGGUGUCUGGCCCUCAGUGCUCCCCAGAGACCCCCAGCUCUGAGAUUUUGAGGUGAUAGGAACCCCCACCUGACUCAGCGCCUCCUUCCCCUCACACCCACACGCUAGCUUUCCACUGCCUCAUUAAUUCAUUCAAUCGUAUUUAUUGAGCACUUACUGUGUGCGAAGCACUGUGCUAAGCACUUGGGAGUUCACAACAGAACAAUAAACACAUUCACUGCCCACAGUGAGCUCACGGUCUAGAGGCGAGCUCACAGUCUGCUCACUGCCUCACUCUCUGGCAACUCCCAAACACACAUCUUGUACGACCAAGGGAUUUUGGGCCCGGCCGGUGGCUGACGAUCGCCUAGGAAAUGACCUCCCCGGGCGGCCUAGACUGGUCUUGUGUUCACACUCUGCUGUACGGUCACGGACGUGCCUCCCGUCCCUUAACACAAAGUAGUAAAUAAAGAAAGUUUCCAAUCUCGA